AUGGCUCCCCACGCAAACUCGGAUGUUGCUGCCAAUGGCGCCGUGAACGGGUCCGCCCAAGCUGCUCGCGCCCCUCUGUUUACCGUCAACUCGCCCAACGUCGAGUACACCGACGCGGAAAUCAAGAGUACCUAUGCUUACCAUACCACUGAUAUCUCUCGCUCUGCGGAUGGCAAGCUUGUCGCCACUCCCAAGGCGGCCACCUACCAGUUCAAGGUUGACCGCAAGGUUGGCAAGGUUGGUAUGAUGUUGGUCGGUUGGGGUGGAAACAACGGUUCUACCGUGACUGCCGGUAUCCUCGCCAACCGCCGGAAGCUUUCCUGGGAGACCAAGGAGGGACCCCGUGCUGCCAACUAUUACGGUUCUCUUGUCAUGAGUUCGACCAUCAAGCUGGGAACUGACUCCAAGACCGGCGAGGAGAUCAACAUUCCCUUCAACGACAUGUUGCCCAUGGUUCACCCUAAUGACCUCGUCAUUGGUGGCUGGGACAUCAGCAGCUUGAACCUUGCUGAUUCCAUGGACCGUGCCCAGGUUCUUGAGCCUACUCUCAAGCAGCUUGUCCGCAAGGAGAUGGCCGAGUUGAAGCCUCUGCCUAGUAUCUACUAUCCUGACUUCAUUGCUGCCAACCAGGAGGACCGUGCGGACAACGUCCUCGAGGGUACUAAAGCGUCCUGGGCUCAUGUUGAGAAGAUCCAGGCCGACAUUCGCAACUUCAAGGCUGAGAACGGUCUCGACAAGGUGAUCGUCAUGUGGACCGCCAACACCGAGCGCUACGCCGACAUUAUCCCCGGUGUCAACGACACUGCCGACAACCUUGUGAACUCCAUCAAGGCUGGUCACCUCGAAGUCUCCCCCUCGACUGUCUUUGCUGUCGCCUGUAUCCUGGACGACACCCCCUUCAUCAACGGUUCUCCCCAGAACACCUUUGUUCCUGGUGCGAUUGAGCUUGCUGAGAAGCACAAUGCUUUCAUUGGCGGUGACGAUUUCAAGUCUGGCCAGACGAAGAUGAAGUCUGCUUUGGUCGACUUCUUGAUCAACGCUGGUAUCAAGCUCACUUCGAUCGCCAGUUACAACCACCUUGGUAACAAUGACGGCAAGAACUUGAGCUCCCAGAAGCAGUUCCGCUCCAAGGAGAUCUCCAAGUCUAAUGUUGUCGAUGACAUGGUUGCUGCCAACCACAUCCUGUACGAGAAGGAUGAGCACCCUGACCACUGUGUUGUGAUCAAGUACAUGCCUGGCGUCGGUGACAACAAGCGUGCGUUGGAUGAGUACUACGCCGAGAUCUUCAUGGGCGGCCAUCAGACCAUCAGCUUGUUCAACAUCUGUGAAGAUUCCUUGCUCGCCUCUCCUCUGAUCAUCGACUUGGUUAUUCUUGCUGAGAUGAUGACCCGUAUCUCCUGGAAGGCCGACGAUGCCGCUGAGUACAAGGGCUUCCACAGCGUCCUGAGCGUCCUCAGCUACAUGCUCAAGGCUCCCUUGACUCCUCCCGGCACUCCGGUUGUCAACUCGUUGGCCAAGCAGCGCAGCGCUCUGACCAACAUCUUCCGCGCCUGCGUUGGAUUGCAGCCCGAGUCUGAUAUGACUCUUGAGCACAAGCUGUUCUAG